UGCAGAAAUCCACAGCCAAGCACCAGACUGAGCUCCAGGAGUCCAGUCGAAGACAGAGAGGAGGGAUUCUAUGACCAAGGGGCAUCAAAAUCAUGAUGGGGAAACCUACAGAGACAACCAAACCAAACUAGUGAAAACUCAUAAAAUUUAGACCAACAGCUGUGGACCCUCCAUGGGACUAGACUAGGCCCUCUGCAUCAGCGAAACAGUUGUGUAGCUUGGUCUGCUUAAGGGGCCCUCUGGCAGUAGGAUCAGGAUCUAUCCCUGGUGCAUGAGCUGGCUUUUUGGAGCCCACUACCUAUGGUGGGACACCUUGCACAGCCUUGAUGUCAGGGGAGGGGCUUGGACCUGCCUCUACUGAAUGUACCAGGCUCUGCUGACUCCCCAUGGGAGGCCAUACCUUGUUAGAGGAGGGAAUGCAGGAAUGAGAGACACAGAGAGAGCCCCAGGCACAGUGCAGAAAAAAAAAUUAAUCUACUUUUCUUAGAACUAUUUUGAUUGGCAUCAUCAGGCCUGGAAGCACAGUGAAUGUCAGCAUCUAAGAUUCCACUUUUCAAAAUGAAGGGCCUGAUCCUGUUCCUGUCCCUAGUGAAAAUGAGCCUGGCGGUGCCGGCAUUUCCUCAACAACCUGGGGCUCAAAACAUGGCACCUCCGGGCAUGGCUAGUUUGAGUCUUGAGACAAUGAGACAGUUGGGAAGCUUGCAGGGACUCAACGCACUUUCUCAGUACUCUAGACUCGGCUUUGGGAAAGCACUUAAUACUUUGUGGCUGCAUGGUCUCCUCCCACCGCAUAACUCUUUCCCAUGGAUAAGACCAAGGGAACAUGAAACCCAACAGUAUGAAUAUUCUUUGCCUGUGCAUCCCCCACCUCUCCCAUCACAGCCAUCCCUGCAGCCUCACCAGCCAGGACUGAAACCCUUCCUCCAGCCCACUGCAGCCACUGGUGUCCAGGUCACACCCCAGAAGCCAGGGCCUCAGCCUGCAAUGCACCCUGGACAGCUACCCUUGCAGGAAGGAGAACUGACGGCAGCAGAUGAGCAGCCUCAGGUGGUGCCCUCAGAGACCACACCAACAGCCGAGGUCCCACUAAUGGAUUUUGCUGAUCCACAGUUUCCAGCAGUGUUCCAGAUAGCCCGUUCCAUAUCUCGGGGUCCAAUGGCACACAGUAAAGCACCAGCUUUUUACCCAGGAAUGUUUUACAUGUCUUAUGGAGCAAACCAAUUGAAUGCUCCUGCCCGAGUUGGCUUCAUGAGUUCAGAAGAAAUGCCCGGAGGAAGAGGAAGUCCCAUGGCCUAUGGAACUCUGUUCCCAGGAUUUGGAGGCUUCAGGCAAACCCUUAGAGGACUGAAUCCCAAUUCACCCAAGGGCGGAGACUUCACUGUGGAAGUAGAUCCGGUAUCUGUAACCAAAGGCCCCGAGAAGGGAGAGGGUCCAGAAGGCUCUCCACUGCAAGAGGCCAACCCAGCCAAGCGGGAAAACCCAGCUCUCCUUUCACAAAUGGCACCUGGUGCCCAUGCAGGACUUCUUGCUUUCCCCAAUGAUCACAUUCCCAGCAUGGCAAGGGGUCCUGCAGGGCAAAGGCAGGGACUCCUCGGGGUCACCCCAGCAGCUGCCGACCCACUGAUCACUCCGGAAUUAGCAGAAGUUUAUGAAACCUAUGGUGCUGAUGUUACCACACCCCUGAGUGAUGGCGAAGCUACUGUGUCCCCUGAUAUCACUAUGUCCCCUGACACUCAGCCACCACUGAUGCCUGGGAACAAAAUGCACCAGUCCCAGGUGCACAACGCCUGGCGUUUCCAGGAGCCCUGAUGACCUUGAGAUAGCCGCUACUUUGUGUAUGCACAAGCUUUCCAGCUUCGUCCCCAUAGCGUACCUUGUUGCUAAAACACUUACUACCCUUCCGCGGUGAAGGUAUUAAGAGCACUAAGCAUGUAUUAAUAAAUACAAGUGGCUAGAAAUAGUGUAGGUCCCUUCUUGCUUCCAUUCUUAUUGAAAUAAAAUGUAUCAACUGUCUCUGUGAUUUAGAAAUACUA